AUGAAUAUUUUCUCACCCAAGACCAACAUUGCAGAACAACCCACAACAACGAUCGCUUCAACUAUACUAUAUUCGCCCCAUUCAAUGGCAAACGAGAUCGAUCAACAACAUCCCGCACCCGAUCAACCCACGAUCAUGGAUAACGAACAAGAAAAGAUAAGCGAAGAAACCAUGGAUACCUCGAGCCCUAAACGACCAAAGUUGGAACACACAAUGGGUGAAACACCAUCAGCAUCAGCUACAACAACAACACCGACAACGACCGCGACACCACCCAUUCAUGAUCAACAACAACAGCAACCUCCUAUCGCGUCAUCUUCUAGUCCCGUCAAUGUAAAAAACGGCUUCCCUUCCAAUUCCUCAGCUGCCGCUAGCCCUGCUGCCAGUAAUACUGAACCCACCACUCCAUCUUCACCACGCACCUCAAAAAUCAGUAAAAAGUCAAGGACCUCUUCACCUACACCAUCCAUACCAUCCAGCCGCCACACCAACAUGACGCGAGAUCAGAUAAAAUACAGCACAGCCAUCAUGCGCAAUUUGAAAAAGCACAGAGACGCCACGCCCUUCCUUAAUCCCGUCGACUAUGUCAAAUUGAACGUGCCUGAUUAUCCCAAAGUCAUCAAACACCCAAUGGAUCUCAACACAGUCGAUCGUAAAUUAUCCAGUGGAGAAUACGAGAAUGUGGAGGAUUUCAUUGCCGAUGUGCGACUCGUCUUUAGCAAUUGUUACAAGUUCAAUGGUCCUGAAGCAAUGAUAUCCAUGCUUUGUCAAAAUGUGGAAUCAGCUUUUGAAAAGAGUUUGCGACAAAUGCCAUUAUCAAGAGAGCCAUUGUCACCACGUCCUAGUCCAAUGUCUGAAAAAGAUGAUCAUCCAAGGAAGAAGAGUGUGGGUGGCGGACGAUCACGGUCACCAACACAAAGUUUGAGACGCAUUUCUGAAGAUGGUCGACCUAAACGCGAGAUUCAUCCACCCCCAUCCAAAGACUACCCUGAACCUAUGACCAAACGACGCAACCCACGCAAAAACGACGCACAAAUGAAGUUCUGUGGACAAGUGCUACGUGAGCUUCGCAAGUCAAAAUAUAGAAACAUCAAUUAUCCAUUCCUUGCACCUGUGGACGUCGUUGCUCUCAACAUUCCUGAUUACCCUUCCAUUGUGAAGCACCCCAUGGAUUUGUCAACUAUUGAACGAAAGCUGAAUGAAGGCGAUUAUCAGAACGCUGAUGAUUUUGAGACUGAUAUGCGACUCAUGUUCAACAACUGCUACUUGUAUAAUCCACCAGUAACCCCCGUACACAAGAUGGGUCAGGAAUUGGAAAAGGUGUUUGAUGAAAAAUGGAAGCAAAAGCCACAACCACCACCACCAGAGCCAGAACGUAUGGAGGACAUUGAAGAGUUUUAUGAGGAAGUUGAAUCUGAAGAAGAUGACCGGGAUCACAAAAUUGCUGAAUUGGAACGACAUCUUGCCAGCAUCACACAACAAAUCUCAUCCUUAAAGUCAAACAAAAAAAGGAAGACCGAUCGAACAGCCAGCAAAGGUCGAGGUGCUCGUGGUGGUGCUGCUGCAAACAAAGAGCGAAAGGCACCAAGUGAAAAACGGCGACGAGUCACCAAACAAAAGGAGGAGCUGCCAGAAUUCACUUUUGAACAAAAGAAGGAUCUCAGUGAGCGUAUCAAUAGCUUGACGGGUGAUCGGCUUAACACCGUGGUCAACAUUAUCCAAAGCUCUAUGCCUAAUUUGGAUGGGCAAGGGCAAGAGGAAAUCGUACUUGAUAUUGAUUCAUUGGAUCGGCAAACAUUACAUCGCUUGCAUGAAUUCGUCACCGGCAAAAGUUUGAUACCAAAGAAGCAAUCCACAUCCAAGAGAGCAAGGUUACACUACAAUGAACAAGAGUCCAACCGUCAAAUCAAGGAACUUGAAAAGACAUUACAGAAAUUCAAGAACUCUGAGGAAACUGACUACUAUGAUGCCCGGGGAGCCCAAAACUCAUCAAGUGAAAGCGAUUCUGAAAGUUCUUCUGGAUCAGAUUCGGAUGACUCUGGAAGCAGCUCAGAUUAG